AUGUUGCAUCAGACGCAGCCUCAGGUGGCCAUACAAGAUCACAUCCAUCAAACACCUGAUCUCUACCAAAGACAUAUGAAACAUAACCUUGCCAUAUUUCACAUCGAUUUAAGGUGUUGUGGAGGUAUGGACUGUAACUGCGUCAGUGACCUGCUGAUCCCCCCGGUGCCCGCUCUUUGGACGCCAGGGAUCGCCUUUCCGGACUGGGCCUACAAGCCGGAGUCGAGCCCCGGGUCCCGACAGAUCCAGCUGUGGCACUUCAUCCUGGAGCUGCUGCAGAAGGAGGAGUACAAUGGGAUAAUCGCCUGGCAGGGGGAAUACGGAGAGUUCGUCAUCAAGGAUCCCGAUGAAGUGGCCCGGCUGUGGGGGGCCAGGAAGUGUAAACCCCACAUGAACUAUGACAAGCUGAGCAGGGCUCUGAGGUAUUACUACAACAAGCGCAUUUUGCACAAAACCAAAGGGAAGCGCUUCACCUACAAAUUCAACUUCAGUAAGGUCGUGUUGGUCAACUACCCCAUCCUGGACAUGGCCAACUCUCCCUUCUUUCUGGCACAGAACCACUUCAACGGGAGCACCAGCACUCCAGACUGCAGCCCAGAGGCCAUACAGUCCCUGUUUCCUCGUCUGCCAGACUCGGGCAGGGGCACGUCCCUGUUUGAUCGGACCACCGCAGCACCGGGGCCCGAAGGAGACAAGCUGAGGCUGGAUUCAUUCCCCUUCCUCAGUACAGGUGCUCCGUGCUACACCAAGCCCCCGUCCCUGCUGGGCCCCUAUGCUCGCAACCCACCCUUCGACUACCCCUGGGGCUUCAACCCUUACCUCCCAGGGGCCUUCUCCCUCAACAACUGCCCCAAACUGCCCCCUGGCUCCCUCUACCCCUCCCAGUUUUACCCCAACCCUUUGCAGAGCAGCCUCUCCCAGCUGCCUCACCCUUUCUCCUCCCUGCUCCCCACGGCAGAGGCAGGUGAGAGGGGGACAACCGGGGGGACGAACGGCACGGCGGGUGGUCAGCCGAUCAGACUCUGCCUCCCUCCGUACCCCGGGAGCCUGUCUCUGGGUCGCAUGGACAUUGGGGCGUCGUUGUUGGCGGAGAGGGAGAGGGAGAGGGCGGAGGCCAAUCCUCCGGGCACAGGGGGGGUGAGUCUGGGCCUGGGAGCCGGCCUGCAGAGCCCCUCGGAGAGGAGAGGGGGGCUGAAGCAGGACCCCGAGUCAGACUCAGACCUGGAGAUCACUGACCUGAGCGACUGCAGCUCGGACAACGACAACGACCACGACUUCAGGAAGGGACCCAGCCUGGCGAGCCGAUCACAGAUAGUGCUGGACGGGAAGAAAGGGAGCGUGCUGCCACCCGUCUCCUCUCUCCCCCCCACAGUGUCCCCUCAUCCUCUGAAGAGCCUGAAGCCCGUCUCCCCCCGGCCCCCCUCCCGUCCUGUGUCGCUCUCCCCCCCCCUGCCUCCGCAUGAAAAACACAGGGAGACAGAGACUCUCAAAAUGAUCCACAGCUAA